AAAGAAAAAGAAAAAUUAUAUGUAGAGAGAGACGUACCUCAUAGUCUUCGAUCUAUAUUAGCUAAGCUUUCCUCCUCUUGGAAAAAUCUGAGAUUUUAGUUCACGGGAGGCAGGGUUUUGAGAAGAUUUACUCGCAAAUCAUUGUCGGUCACUGAAAAAGUUUUGCAUAUUUCCAGGAAAUCUUUCUCUCCCUCUCUGUCUGUGAUUGCAGUUGCACUCGGAGUGGGAGAUUUUCAAGCACCAGUUACUUCAAUUCAUGCGAUCUGCCCAUUAUGGCAUUGAAGCCAAAUUCAGCUGAUGGUAGGACUAGGAGUUCGGUGCAACUUUUUAUUGUAGUUGGGUUGUGUUGUUUCUUCUACAUAUUGGGUGCUUGGCAGAGAAGUGGAUUCGGCAAGGGUGAUAGUCUAGCUCUGGAAAUAACCAAAAACACCGCAGAUUGUAAUAUAGUGCCAAGUCUAAACUUUGAGACUCAUCAUGGUGGUGAAGCUGUGACUGUCGAUGAAUCUGAAUCAAAACCCAAAGUGAUUGAACCAUGUCAUACCCGUUACACCGAUUACACUCCUUGCCAAGAUCAGAAGCGGGCAAUGACUUUUCCUAGAGAUAACAUGAUAUAUCGAGAGAGGCAUUGUCCUCCUGAAAAGGAGAAGCUACAUUGCCUGAUACCAGCUCCCAAAGGUUAUGUAACUCCAUUUCCUUGGCCAAAGAGUCGUGAUUAUGUGCCCUAUGCAAAUGCACCAUAUAAGAGCCUGACAGUUGAGAAGGCUAUUCAGAAUUGGAUUCAAUACGAGGGUAAUGUAUUUAGGUUCCCAGGUGGAGGAACACAAUUUCCUCAAGGGGCUGAUAAGUAUAUUGAUCAGCUUGCUUCAGUCAUUCCAAUUAAGAAUGGGACAGUCAGAACUGCACUUGACACUGGCUGCGGGGUUGCAAGUUGGGGUGCAUACCUUUGGAGUAGAAAUGUUAUUGCAAUGUCAUUUGCACCAAGAGACUCACAUGAAGCGCAGGUGCAGUUCGCUCUUGAACGGGGUGUUCCUGCUGUCAUUGGUGUUCUUGGUUCUAUUAGGAUGCCAUAUCCAUCCAAUGCAUUUGACAUGGCUCAUUGUUCUCGUUGCCUAAUUCCAUGGGGAGCAAAUGAUGGCCUCUACAUGCGUGAAGUUGACCGAGUCCUUAGACCUGGUGGUUACUGGGUUCUUUCUGGUCCACCAAUCAAUUGGAAGAAUAAUUACAAAGCAUGGCAGCGUCCUAAAGAGGAACUGCAGGAGGAGCAGAGAAAGAUUGAAGAAACUGCAAAACUUCUAUGUUGGGAAAAGAAGUCUGAGAAGGGUGAGAUUGCCAUUUGGCAAAAGCGUGCAAAUGGCGAUUCAUGCAGUAAAAGACGAAAUGAUUUGCAAGCUACUUUUUGUAACUCUGCAGAUGCAGAUGACAUCUGGUACAAGAAAAUGGAGGCAUGCAUAACUCCUUAUCCUGAUGACGUUGCUGGUGGGAAGCUGAAGGCAUUUCCUGAAAGGCUUUAUGCAGUCCCUCCAAGAAUUUCCAGUGGUUCUAUACCUGGGAUUUCUGUUGAUACUUUCAUGGAAGACAGCAAACUAUGGAAGAAGCAUGUGAAUGCUUAUAGGAGGAUUAAUAAGCUUAUUGAUUCAGGGCGGUACCGCAACAUUAUGGACAUGAACGCUGGUUUGGGAGGAUUUGCUGCGGCAAUUCAAUCUCCCAAGUUGUGGGUCAUGAAUGUUAUGCCAACCAUAGCUGAGAAAAAUACUUUGGGUGUCAUAUAUGAGCGUGGAUUAAUCGGCAUUUAUCAUGACUGGUGUGAAGCAUUCUCCACAUACCCACGGACAUAUGACCUUAUUCAUGCCAAUGGUGUGUUUAGUUUGUACAAAGACAAAUGUGAUUUCAAGGACAUUCUUCUGGAGAUGGACAGGAUUUUGCGGCCAGAAGGUUCAGUGAUAUUCCGGGAUGAAGUAGAUGUUCUGAUUAAGGUGAAGAAGAUAGUAGGAGGAAUGAGGUGGGAUACUAAAAUGGUUGAUCAUGAAGAUGGUCCUUUGGUCCCUAAUAAGAUACUGGUUGCUGUCAAGCAGUAUUGGGUUGCUGGUGGCAACUCCACAUCCACACAGUGACAUGAUAGAAUGGAAAAGUCGAAAUCCCGUUGUGUUGGUAAGCCGGUGAUUCCAUUGUACAACUCCUAACUGAACUUUCCUAAGCUUGGGAAUUUGAAUUUCCUCGACACAAGUGCUUGGCAUAAGGAGGAGAGUUCCAGUUGGACUACUUGUUACAUGAAUUAAGCUUUACUGCAUUCAAAAUUUGCCCAUGUUCUUUAUCUCUGUAAUUUAUUACAGAGGGACCUUGAGAACCUAUGCAUCUGAGGUUUAUGUUUUUUUGUUUUUUUUUUUUCUUUCAAUUUUUUAGCACUAAAAUGAACCCUACAGGCUACAACCUGCAUUGUUGACCAGAAGUAGUUGAACUCUUAAUACCGAGGACACUCUUUUGUCAUUUGAUUCAAUGGUAUUCUGUUUGAUUGAAAAA